GGUUGCGACGCCGGCAGGAGGCUGCAUGGCGGGGCCCCCGGGGUGGGUAUGUUGGGCGCUGCUACCUUGCACCUGCUGCCCGCAACACCAGCACCGACAGCAGCAGGUGGAGGAGGAAGCGGGCUUCAGAUCACCCUCUGCAUUGCCUUCCGCUUCGGGUGCGGUGGAUAGGGUGGGGGAGGUGUCCCGCGAGCCCGCCUCACAGCCCGCCGCGGGGCACGCCCCCCAUGCGGCCCCGCCCCGCCACUGGCACGUGGUGCGCUGUGUGAGCUACGUGCCGGGUCGCAUGCUGGCGGAGGUGGAGCAGCUGACCCCCACCCUGCUCACCUCCCUCGGCGCCCUCA